AUAGCGAUUCAGAUUUCUGGAGGUGCUUCUUUGGGCCUAAAGUAGCAGAUUUUCGCAGUUACCAUGAUUACUGUAUAUGAUAUUCUCUUCUGUCGAUAAGCCACUGCAAUAUCAUUCAAAGCAAAUAAAGGAAAUAUGAAUGAUGGAGAUGUUGAGCUUUCAGAUGGUUUCUUAUUGUCGAAUCCAGAAUCGUCGAGCAAUGUUCAGUCUUCAACAUCCAUGAAUAAAAUCAAUGAAUUCUUGAGGAACACCAGAACAUGCACCCAUACUCACACUUGCAACCCUCCUGGCCCAGAUGCAGCACAUACCCACACAUGUUACCACACACACACCCAAGUCAUUGCGUCUGAAGAAGAUGAUCAUACAGAUGAUAAGGAGCAUACCAACACAAAACGAAAACGGCCUUCGGGUAAUAGAGAAGCUGUUCGAAAGUAUAGGGAGAAGAAGAAGGCACAGACAGCUUACCUAGAGGAGGAAGUUAAGAAAUUGCGUCUGCAGAAUCAGCAAUUAGUUAGGAAGCUACAAGGGCAUGCACAUCUUGAAGCUGAGGUUUUGAGGUUGAGGAGCAUCCUGGUUGACCUCAAGGGAAAAAUUGACAAUGAGUUGGGUGUUUUCCCCUAUAAAAAGCAGUGUAAUGGCUCUUCCUCAAUCUUUAAAGAGGGGCACACCAACAUGCUGCCCACGGACCGCGGGACUGAUCUUCAGUGUCAGACCAAUUUCCAAUGCUUUGAUCAACAGGCAGGAUUAUCAUCUCAGGUUGGUACCUGUGGAAAUGAAAAUUUUAUGAUUCCAUGUGAAGGGAACUGUGAACCUCUAGCCGUGAAUUGUCAAGGUAACACGAAUAACAUAUCAAAUACUGAGGGGCAAGUUGUGGACUCAGUGGAUAACUUGAUGUCAUCUGCAUCUCAAGAUAAGUAAUCAAUCAUACGGACAUAUCUUCUGUGAGUUCUUUCUUGUUACAUUCUUGUCGUUACCUUUUAUCUGUGUUGUUGAGGUGGGUGAUGCAUUUCAUAGUUAGGAUAAUCAUAAAAGCUUUCUGUGAGGGGAUUUGCCCAAAAUAGUUUGAUGACGAUAGAAUCUUGUAUCUAAGACUGAUGUGGUUGUAAAUUUUGUAUAUUUAUACCAGGCAUCACAAAAGGAAACAACUUUUUUUUUGUGUUGUUUUUCCUCAAAAGAACAAGGAAGAGACCUUCAUGAGUGUGUCAAGUUUUUGUUACUGAAGACACUAGUACUCUUGUGCAGUUGCAACUGCAAGAUGCCCUGAUAAUGUGCCGUUGUUGAUCUCAUCUUAAAGUAUUAGUAAUAUGAUACUUGUUUGACA